GGCGGCGCCGGGACGCGGCGGGCGCAGCGCUGAGCGGAGCGGCCACGCCGGGCUCGGCUCCCGCGCCCUCCCCGCGCCCGCAGCCCCGGCCCGCCGUCUCCUCCCGCCGGUGCGAUGCUGCUGCCGCUCGCCGUGCUGCCCUGCGCCUUCGUCCUGCUGCGGGCCGCAGCCUCUCUCCAAGUGGACAUCGUUCCAAGCCAGGGGGAGAUCAGCGUUGGAGAGUCCAAGUUCUUCUUAUGUCAAGUGGCCGGGGAGGCCAGGUCCAAGGACAUCUCGUGGUUCUCCCCGAACGGGGAGCGGCUGAGCCCGGGCCAGCAGCGCAUCUCGGUGGUGCGCAACGAUGACUCCUCCUCCACGCUCACCAUCUACAACGCCAACAUCGACGACGCCGGCAUCUACAAGUGUGUGGUCAGCAGCCCCGAGGAGGGCGACUCCGAGGCCACCGUCAACGUCAAGAUUUUCCAAAAGCUGAUGUUCAAGAAUGCUCCCACCCCCCAGGAGUUCAAGGAAGGGGACGACGCUGUGAUCGUGUGCGACGUGGUCAGCUCGCUGCCCCCCACCAUCAUCUGGAAGCACAAAGGCAGGGAUGUCAUCCUGAAAAAGGAUGUGCGCUUCAUCGUCCUGUCCAACAACUACCUGCAGAUCCGGGGCAUCAAGAAGACAGAUGAGGGCACCUACAGGUGUGAGGGGAGGAUCCUGGCCCGUGGGGAGAUCAACUUCAAGGACAUCCAGGUCAUCGUCAACGUGCCUCCCUCUGUGCGUGCCAGGCAGAGCACCAUGAACGCCACUGCCAACCUCAGCCAGUCUGUCACCCUGGCCUGUGAUGCCGAUGGCUUCCCCGAGCCCACCGUGUCCUGGACAAAGGAUGGAGAGCCCGUGGAGGAGGUGGAGGAGGAGGAGGACAAGUACAGCUUCAACUCGGACGGCUCCGAGCUGGUGAUCCACAGGGUGGACAAGAGCGAUGAGGCCGAGUACAUCUGCAUUGCUGAGAACAAGGCUGGGGAGGCCGACGCCACCAUCCACCUCAAAGUCUUUGCCAAACCCAAGAUCACCUACGUGGAGAACAAGACAGCCAUGGAGCUGGAGGAUCAGAUCACGCUCACCUGCGAGGCCUCGGGGGACCCCAUCCCCUCCAUCACCUGGAGGAGCUCCAGCAGGAACAUCAGCAGCGAGGAGAAGACGCUGGACGGGCGGAUCGUGGUGCGCAGCCACGCUCGCGUCUCCUCGCUGACGCUCAAGGACAUCCAGUACACGGACGCGGGCGAGUACAUCUGCACUGCCAGCAACACCAUCGGCCAGGACUCGCAGGCCAUGUACCUGGAGGUGCAGUAUGCCCCCAAGCUGCAGGGCCCUGUGGCCGUGUACACCUGGGAAGGAAACCGGGUGAACAUCACCUGUGAGGUGUUUGCCUACCCCAGUGCUGUCAUCUCCUGGUUCCGGGAUGGGCAGCUGCUCCCCAGCUCCAACUACAGCAACAUCAAGAUCUACAACACCCCCUCAGCAAGUUACCUGGAGGUGACCCCAGACUCAGAGAAUGACUUUGGGAACUACAACUGCACGGCUGUGAACCGCAUCGGGCAGGAGUCCUCCGAGUUCAUCCUGGUGCAGGCAGACACGCCCUCCUCGCCCUCCAUCGGCAGGGUGGAGCCCUACUCCAGCAGCGCCCAGGUGGAGUUCGAGGAGCCCGAGGCCACGGGCGGGGUGCCCAUCCUCAGGUACAAGGCGGAGUGGAGGGCCCUGGGCGAGGGGGACUGGCACUCCAGGCUCUACGAUGCCAAGGAAGCCAACGUGGAGGGGACAGUGACCAUCACGGGGCUGAAGCCUGAGACCACCUAUGCAGUGAGGCUGUCAGCAGUCAAUGGCAAGGGCGUGGGGGAGCUCAGCCCGCCCGCCGAGUUCAAGACGCAGCCAGUCCGCAUCCCUCACCCACAAGGGGAACCCAGUGCCCCCAAGCUGGAAGGUCACAUAGGAGAAGAUGGCAACUCCAUCAAGGUGAACGUCAUCAAGCAGGACGAUGGUGGCUCCCCGAUCAGGCACUACCUGAUCAAGUACAAAGCUAAGCACUCCUCGGAGUGGAAGCCCGAGAUCCGGCUGCCGUCGGGCAGCGACCACGUCAUGCUGAAGUCCCUGGACUGGAACGCCGACUACGAGGUGUACGUGGUGGCUGAGAACCAGCAGGGCAAGUCCAAGCCUGCCCACUACGCCUUCCGCACCUCCGCCCAGCCCACGGUGAUCCCAGCCAGCACUAGCCCUGCCUCGGGCCUGGGCACUGCUGCCAUCAUUGGCAUCCUCGUGGUGGUGUUUGUGGCGCUGCUGGUGGCCGUGGAUGUCACCUGCUACUUCCUGAACAAGUGUGGGCUGCUCAUGUGCAUCGCUGUCAACCUGUGCGGCAAGUCCGGCCCGGGGGCCAAGGGCAAGGACAUGGAGGAGGGCAAGGCGGCCUUCUCGAAGGAUGAGUCCAAGGAGCCCAUCGUGGAGGUGCGCACGGAGGAGGAGAGGACCCCCAACCACGACGGGGGGAAGCACACGGAGCCCAACGAGACCACCCCGCUGACAGAGCCAGAGCACCCCGCCGACACCGCGGCCACCGUGGAGGACAUGCUGCCUUCUGUCACCACGGGCACCACUAACUCUGACACUAUCACCGAAACCUUUGCCACUGCCCAGAACAGCCCCACCAGCGAGAGCACCACGCUGACCUCCAGCACUGCCCCGCCGCCCGCAGGGGCUCCCGAUGCCACUGCGGGUCCCGGCCAGGCCACCCCGGCCAAGGGCACGGCCGCCACCUCGGCAGCGUCCCCAGCGCCCUCCUCCACCCCCAAAGUGGCCCCUCUGGUCGAUCUCAGCGACACCCCCAGCUCUGCUCCGGCCACCAGUAAUUUAUCCUCAAGUGUCCUGCCGGGGCAGGCCGUGCUCAGCCCCAGCGCCGCCGACGCCGCCCCAGCCGGGAGCAAGGCGGGCACCCCUGGCCUCACGAGCCCUGCAGCUCCCAACGAGGCCAAGCAGGAGGUGGCCAAGAGCCCCGAGAAGGAGCCCGUGCAGCCCAGCACGGUGAAGAGCCCGGCAGAGACCCCCAAGAACCCGAGCAACGCGAAGAGCGAGGCUGCCGCGGGCAGCGCCGCCAACCCCUCGCAGAACGAGGACUUUAAAAUGGACGAAGGGACCUUCAAGCCACCAGACAUUGACCUUGCCAAGGAUGUUUUUGCAGCUCUUGGCACUGCUUCUCCUCCUGCUGCCAGCGGGGCUGGUGGGCAAGCCCCCGAGGCUGCUGCUGCCGCUGCAGACAGCUCUGCCCCCGCAAAGACCGAGAAAAUGCCAGCAGAGGACAAGGGCGCCGUGCAGGACAGGAAGAGCCCCGCGGCGGAGGUGAAGACGGUGCCCAACGAAGCCACACAAACAAAGGAGAGCGAGAGCAAAGCAUGAUCAGCACCAGAGGGGACGGCAGAAACCUUCACCCGAGCAUUGAAAUCACAACCCACACACCCAUCUCAUUCCUCUAGUGUCUGUUGCCUUUUUUUAAAAAAGAAAGACAAACAAACCAACCAGAAAAAUGCAUAAAUGGGGGGAGGGAGGGAAUGUCUCUUUUUUUCCUUUUCUUUUUUUAUGUUUUUCUCUUCUUCUCUUUUUUUUUUUUUUUUAAUUUUGAUUUCUAUUUUUUGCUUUCUUUGAGAUUUCUAGAAAGGUUCUAUUCGUUGUGCACUUGCUUUUAAAAAGUAAAACAUGUUAAAAACAGGGUUAAACCCGUCACCAAAUCAGGGCUCAGCUGGCCCUGUGUGUAUUCAAACAGGCAAACAUUGCAAUGCUGGUUGCAGUGUGGUUGGGAAGCUCAAAAUCAAGUAGUCCUAGACACAAAAAAAAACCACAAAAAAGACAAAAAAAAAAUAAAAGAGACCCUGUUGUUUCCUUUGUUAGUAUAGCAGAGAUAACCACUGUGCUGCUGGGCACAGCUGGUGCUUAAAGAACAAAGUCCACAAUUUAUUUUUAUACUUUUCAGUCGAGUUUGAAAUAUGUAAAGCCUCAUAAAUAAGUUAUAAUUUCUGUUCACCUUGUAUCUGGUCAGUAUGCAAAGUGUCUCGAGCUCUUUGUGACUGAAUCCUGCUCGCCACGUUAGACCUUUAUUUGGGGUUUAUUAUUAUUAUCUGUUUUUUAGGAAGAAUGCCAAAAUUGCAGCUUUGGGGGAUGUAUUUCAAUUUGCAGUAUUCAGACUCUACAUUUCUUUUCCAAUUUUACGUUCAAUUUUUGUUUUGUUUGUUUGUUUUGGCCAACUUUGGUUCUUUCCAGUGUUUACAAUUGACAGAUAUUUUUUUAACUUCUGUUGUGUUGAAAUGGAUGUGUAAAAUAGCUGCCUUUUUUUUUUUUUUUUUUUUUUUUGGUUUUUCGGUCAAUCCAGUCCUGUAGACACUAGGGUAGCAGCAUGCUUGCUUUGCAAAGGGAGACAUUUUCAACCAUGGAUGUUUACAGUAGUCGUUUCCCCUUUUCUCUUUUCUUAAUUAUUGUUAUUAUUAUUAUUAUUGUUAUUAUUAUUAUUAUUAUUUCUUACUGGAGUAAGAAGAAAAGCGAUGCUGGGGUUUGGUUUGGGGUUUUUUUGGGGGGUGGGGGUGUUCAAACCUCUUGCCACCGGUCAAGGGCUUUAGCCAGCAAUCCCCAAAUCUGCUUGGGGUCAGGGAGUUGCUGGAGAAAAUCCUUCUGUGCUUAAAUUUAGUUUCAAGUCCCUCGCUGGACCUGGGCCUGACUGCAUAAGAGAAAUCUCAUCUCUGCUUUUUUAGGACAUUCUCCCCUUUCCUUCGCAGAACCCUCCCGCAGCUCUGAGGGGCACAGGGGAGGUUGGACAGUGUGGGCUGGUCUGGGCUCAGGUGUGCGACCAAAUCAAUCCCUCCUGAUCAGGGCAGGAAAUUCCAGUUGCAGAAAAUCCCAAUUUCAGUAAAGUCCAGUUUUGGAAAAUACCAAUUUCAGAAAAUACCAAAUUCAGAAAAUACCAGUUUUGGUAAAUACAGAUUUGAGAAGAUCUCUAUUUCAGAAAAUCACAAUUUCAGUAAACACCAAUUUCAGAAAAUACCAAUUUCAGUAAAUACCAAUUUCAGUAAAUAACAAUUUCAGUAAAUCCCACUUUCAGUAAACACCAAUUUCAGAAAAUUCCAAUUUCAGAAAAUCCCCAUUUCAGUCCAUUCCAGUUUCAGUAAAUACUAUAUCCUCUGACCCUAAAACUACAACCCAGAAGCAAAGAUCUUUUCCCCACAGGUGCUGGGCAGACCCCAGACCCUUCUGCAGCUCCAGCAGGACCCACCCUGGAAUCAGGAGCAGGGGCUGGAAUUCUGUGCCAGGGCCAUCCCUGGGCAAGGGCUGAGGCAGCACCUUAAAAAUGAAAUUAUGGAUGGGGGAGCUGAUCAGUGGGGUUUAUUAUCAGGAAUUGUGGAGCAACACUGAGAUUUGGGGUGGGAGUGCUGAUUAAUGGGAUUUGUUACCAGGAAUCGUGGAGCAACACUGAGAUUUGGGGGUGAAAAGGAGCUUUGAGUGGAAGGAAGGCAGAGGAGUGUAGGGAGAGACCAGCCCAUUGUAUAGAGAUGUUCCUCCUGUUGGGGUUUUGGGUAUUAUUUCCUUUUUUUUUUUAAUUUUUAUUUUGUUUUAUUUUCCCUUUUUUUUUUUUUUUUUUUUAAUUCUACUUUAGAUCUGCAAGCUUGUGCACUGUGGGUGCGUGACUAUUUUAGUGUGAACCGUGUUUUUUGUCAUAGUAUUGAAAUAAUAAAAGCUUCAACAUAGUUUGGAUGUGGAAGGUGUAGCGCUAGUUCAGAUUUGAGAAACAAAAAAUGAGAAAUAAACAUUCAGGAAUUGAUUUAAAACAAAAAGAGAACGAGAACAACUCUUAGGAAGAGCAGAAGCCUUUAACUGAGAGGAGCAAGCUGAGGAGGGGUGUGGAGGCUGUGUCUGUGUGUUCCUUGGGAAUAUUCCCUCUGUUCCAGUGCAUCCCAGCAUUCCAGCUGUGAGGGGCAGUGCUGUGUCCAUUCCAGCUGUGAGGGGCAGUGCUCUGUCCAUUCCAGCUGUGAGGGGCAGUUCUGUGUCCAUUCCAGCUGUGAGGGGCAUUGCUCUGUCCAUUCCAGCUGUGAGGGGCAGUUCUGUGUCCAUUCCAGCUGUGAGGGGCAGUGCUCUGUCCGUUCCAGCUGUGAGGAUCCAUUCCAGCUGUGAGGGGCAGUGCUCUGUCCUGUGCUCGCUGUGGGGUUUUUGGUUUUGUUUUGCUCAGCUCCUGGGACCCCAGGGAGGGCUCCGGGGGUGCAGCUGAGGCUGCCCCACCCGUCCUGGCAGAUUUUGGGCAGGAUGGAGCCUCAUCCCCUCAUCCCCAGCCCUUGUGACACCCCACAGCAGUGUCCCUGACCUGUGGGGACCUUGGCCCCAAGGAUUCCUUUCUUUUCCCCAAAGAAACGAGUCCAUAACCCAGCUGGGCAGCUGCAGUGCCUCCAUCCCCGUGGGUGAGCACAUUUUGUCCCUUUUUGUGCCCAAUUCUGGCUGCUUUUGUCACCUGUGUGUGCUGUAACCCCCAAAGCUGAGCAGCUGGUAGGAACCACACCCCCAAACGCUGCCCAGGGACCUCCACCAGCACCUGCCAGCUGGGCACUGGGGGAGCUGCCCCACCUGGGUUGGCGUUUUUGUCCCAAAAGGGGACGAGCUCAGAGCCCAGCCCAGCACCUGGGGGUGGCACUGGCUGGGCUGGAUGAUCCCUUCCAUCCCAAAGCUCUGGUUUGGGGUGGAUGGAGCGAGCUCAGGAGGGAGCAGCUCCUUCCAGUGACCCGUCCCCACUGCCAUGGCUGCUCUGGGCUUGGUGGCACUGCCAUGGUUCCGCGUUUCCAUCCCUAGGGUUGGUGGCACUGCUGUGGUUCCAAAUGUCCAUCCCUGGGCUUGGUGGCACUGCCAUAGCUGCUCCAGGGUUGGUGGCACUGCCGUGGUUGCUCCGUAUGUCCAUCCUGGAGUUGGUGGCACUGCUGUGGUUCCAUAUGUCUGUCCCCAGGGUUGGUGGCAUUGCCUUGGCUGCUCCAUGUGUCCAUCCCCAGGGCUGGUGGCACUGCUGUGGUUCCAUGUGUCCAUCCCCAGGGCUGGUGGCACUGCCCCCUGCCCGUCCCCAGUGUCACAGGAGCGGUGCCAUCUCUCUCGUGCUGCACCAUUCGUACAGGUGACAAUUGUGCAUCCCGCCCGUCAGCUUCCAGAGUGGCGUUUUCCUUUCACACUUUUCUAUGGAGCCUUCAAACCCCACGUCUUUCACCACCAGGCUGUUUUGAUAGUUGUUCUCAGCCCCUCCAUGGCCAUCCUUCCCCAGCAUUCCCUACUUUUGGGGGCCUUCUAUCUUGUUAAAAAAAGAAAAAAACAAAAAAUCUUUUUACCGAGUGAAACAUCGACUCCACCUUUAUCCCCAUUCUCACUGGUGUAAAUACUGAUACUAACUGAGGAUUUUGACUUUGCAUUCUGUCAGAAUACUGUGUUCAAAUAAAAACUACAAAAAAAAAAAAAA